UACCAAGAUUUAUGAUGAUCUCCAAGUGUUCAUCAGCAUUCACAUAUUGGGAUAUACACAAACAGAAGUAUAAAGGUCUAUGGUCAACUUAUUCUUCAACUGUAGUUUACAAGGGAGAAGAGAAGAACAUGGAACCAGACUCCUUUUUCUAUCAAACUUUAAGGGUUGGAUAUAAUAACUGGAGAGAGAUCUUCAAUGUGGACAAUGAAACAAAUGAAAUAGACACAGCAACUAUUGAGGGAAAUCUUCUAACAGCAUUUAUAGGGUUGUAUCAGUUAAAGGUUAUCCUUUUAAACAAUUUUAAAGUAUGGGGCAGAUUGGAUGAAAAUACUGGAAAAUGGGAUGGAACUGUGGGAAUGGUGAGUGGUAGAAAUCUUUUUAUUAGAAUUAGUGCUUUAAGAUCAAUGACACAGGUCGGAUAUGGCAAGGCUGAUGUUGGAGUUUGUGGUAUUGCAUAUACCUUCGGAAGAUCAAAACUUGUUGACUGUACCAUGGGACGGAGAUUAGGUGGAGAAGGAUGGUCAACUCAGUUUCCACAGAAGAAACCUGCAUAUGAAAACCUUCUAAAGGUAUUUGACAAGUACACUUGGCUUGGUAUUCUAGUAAGCUUGAUAUCUGUGGAUAUGGCCAUUCUGCUAAUUUCAAUGAUGAUUAAAACACUUGGAUUUAAACAGCCUGACUGUGUGUUAGUGGUUCUGAUGCCCUUCUCUCUUCUCAAUGCUGAAGGAAUGCCUGACUGGUUUAUUUUUUGCAAAAAACGAGUGUACUCUGGAAGUAUACUUCUUCUCACCUGGGCUUUGGCAUCUUUACUGGUGACAAUGGGGUUCUCUUGCAACCUUAGGGCCAUGCUGUUAUUUCCAUCCUGGGACCCCUUUCUUGAUACAUCUGCUCAAAUGGCUGAGAGGGACAUGGUAAUUCUUUGUUUUAUUGAAUUCCUUUAUUUUGGAGAUUUGUUUAAGACUGUGGUGUGGGAGAGUGAUUUCAUGGUCUUUUAUGACAAAAUUAAGAGAUCUGAAGAUCCUGAUAUUAUUAAAUUAAUGACUACUGCCAGAAUUGUUUCUAACAAGGAAGAAGUGAAUGAUGUUAUUGCUGAUAAAGGAUUAAAGAAUUUAGUUUUUUAUACUCCGUUUUUGCUUCCUGAGAGCUAUGAUUUCUAUGAAAGUGAUGAAAAAAUAGCCCAAGCCUAUGUUGGUGGUUGGAUUAUACAGAAAAAAUCAAUUUGGGCAGAAGUUAUUAAUCAUUUUGUUGGUAUAACUUAUCAGGCUGCAUUUGAAGAGUAUUUGUAUACCAGAUAUGAGCUGAAAGAGCCAAAAUAUGUUCAGGAGGAAACCUUGGAAAAGCUGGGUUUGGAACAUUUAGCAGUGGCGUUUCUAAUUCUUGGGAUUGGACUAGGAACUUCCAUUCUAGGAAUAAUGGACUGAAAACUUUUUAAUUUAAGUAUAAAGAAAAUAAAAAUCUAUAAACUACUUAUCUUAUGAAAUCAACAUCAAUUAACAAUCCAAUGAAUUUCUUGCGUUUUAAUCCAUUAAUAAAUAUCAGUCUUUUGUGUGGAACUAGUCUACUAUAUGAAACAAAACAAUAUGUAAACAUUUGAAAUCGCUCUCAAAUACAUGAUUGUAUUCUU